AUGGGAUGGGACAAAUUCCAACAACAACGAACAACAACAAAGUGGAACCACCAUGGUAGUAGUGGUAAUAGUGGUGGUGGUUACUUUUCACAAAGUAAAUCGAUUCUUUAUCAACUAUUUAAACACUUUUACAUGGACACUAGAUCGAUGGCAUUGUUGAGAGUACUCAUGUCAUUCAUAUUGUUGAUAGAUUUAAAGAGAAGAGCUACUGAAGCAUCACUGCACUAUAGUACAUGGGGUGAAUAUCCUGUACAACUGUCAUUGAUAGAAAGUAGAUUCUCUCUUUACAACUUUAAUCAAUCUACUAUAUUUGUAUUAGUAAUGAUGACAUUGAAUGCAAUCACUGUCAUUUCAAUGUUGAUUGGCUACAAAACAAGAUUGUCUACCUUUUUGUCAUACAUCCUUCUCACUUCGGUUCAAAAUAGAAAUUAUUUCCUACUCGAUGGUUCAGAUGAUUACACUAGAUGUAUGCUUAUUUGGUGUAUCUUUCUUCCAUGGGGUAAUCAAUAUUCAAUCGAUUCAAUUCUAUUAAAAUUAUCAAACAACAAAUUAAAUCAUCAAAAUAAUUUAAACUCUUUAUCAAUCGUAGAGAUUAUCAUUGAUGAUAAUAAUAAUAAUAAUAAUAAUAAUAACAUUGAUAACAACAACAACAAUAAUAAUAAUGAUACUACCAUUCAAAAACAACAACAACAAAAACAAAAACAACAACAACAAUAUCAAUAUGUAUCAAUUGCAACUGUUGGUUUUUUAGUACAAUUUACCUGUAUAUAUUUAUUCACUGCAAUACUAAAAGAUGGAGUAGAAUGGCAUGUUACCUAUGACUCUGUCUACUAUGCCGUCAGUCUAAAAGAGUUUUCUCAUGGAAUAUCUGCUUUUUUGAUUCAAUUUCCAAACUUUAUGAGAUUUCUAUCAAGAUUUACAUUAAUAUUUGAAUACGUAGGACCUAUUCUAAUGGUUUGUCCAUUAUUUAAUUCAUUUUUUAGAAUGGUAUCUAUACUAGGAUUCAUUGGAAUGCACAUUGGAUUUGGUAUUUGUCUCAAUUUAUUCCUAUUUAUUUUUAUACCAAUCGUCUGUGUUGCUGCAAUGUUACCAUCAAUCUUUUGGGAUAUUGUAUUCAAAUAUUUAAAUUCAAAAAACAAUAAUGAUAGACAUUCUCUAAAGAUCUAUUAUGACAAUGCACAAAAAGGAACAGAAUUUAGUUUGAAUUGUUUCAAAGAAUUCUUUUUAUUACCUCAAACGCCUAUCAUUUCAUAUGGAGGCACCACUACAACAACAACAACAACGACAACAUUGUCAUCAAUUGCUCAACAAAAUAAGAAUAGUUAUUAUGUAGAGUUGCAAGGUGAUAAAUAUUAUGAAUACGAUGCAUUUAUCGUUCUUUGUUCACAAUCUCCUCUGUUAUGGCCAUUGGAGAGAUUAUUAAAUAAUAGAUUAUCGGAAAGAAUACUUUCUAAACUUUUAUUAUCAUUUAUUUUUAUAAUUAAAUUGAUAGGAAUUGAUUUUAACAAAGUAAAAGAAAAAGAAUUAAUAGAUGGAUCAUCAUCAUCAUCAACCACAACAACAACAACAACAACAACUAUCAACCAAAAGACUAAUAAUAAUAAUAAUAAUAUAUAUGAAUGGUUAUUGAUAUUAUUUUCAUUGUGGUUAUUAAUAUUUACACCAUUGGUCAAUAUACUAAAGAUGCAAAAGACAGCUAUUCCAUUUCACCCGUUGGUCAUAUUUGUUGGUAUAGAUCAAAAUUGGAGUAUGUUUGCACCUAAUCCUCCUAAAUAUAGUAAUUGGAUGGCGGUAGAUGCAUCUUUUCAACAUCAAGAGGAAUAUGAUUUCUUUAAUGAUCGUGAUUUUAAAGAUUACAAAGAGAAUCCAAUCUAUCCAUUUGUGACAACACAAAGACAAAGAAACUUUAUGAUGGGUGUAUUGUAUCAAGAAGAACUUAGACUAAGCUUUGGAAGAUAUCAAUGCAGGAAAUACAAUAUCUAUGAACCAUCUAAAGAGUUGGGAAGAUUAAAAUCAUUCAAGAUUCAUGCCAUACAACAUACUACUCCUUCAUUGGGUUCUGACAUUCAAAAUGAAUUUAGAACUCAAAUGAUUUGGGCUCAUACUUGUUGA